AUGAAAUCUCACAUAUCAUUUAAUUGUUAAUCUAUUCUUUUUGAACCAGAUUAACCUUUCUGGAAAAAAGUUGAUAACAAUAUUAAACUUGAUGAAUUUACUAAAGAAGAGCUUUAUUAUUAUUCUAAUAAACAUAGAGAAUAUAAGAAGAAGACUUUUGGGCGAAAGGGUUCAAUAAUAGUGAAAUUUGGAAGCAAAGAAGUAUAUUUUUUAAUUUAAAGUAGAAUGAUAUAAUGUGUUGUAAUGUGAGAAACUCUUUAAUGGAAUAAACUAAUCAUUAACAAUAUGGUUUUGGACUCAAGUUCAUCUAAAAUACACAUUAUAUUGAGGUUUUCGGUUAAAUUGAAUACUGGAAUCAAGAACUAAAAAAACAUUGUAUUCAAACCAAUCUUAAAACCAAAUAUACAAUUGGUAGAAAAAUUGGAACAGGAAGCUUUGCAGAUGUAUUUAUAUAAUUUUUAACAUAAGGUUUAUCUUAUCAUUCAUAACGAGAGUAAGCAAGAGUUUGCUGUUAAAAUAUUUGAUAAGACUUCUAUUAAAUUUGAUUUAACUUGUGUAAAACAAGAAUUAGACAUAUUAAGAUUAAUGGAUCAUCCUAAUACAAGCUAAAUCAUAGAAACAUAUGAAUCAUCAAAAUACUUAUAUUUAAUACAAGAGUUUUACAAAUAUGGAAGUCUUUACGAUUAUUUAAUUAAAACUGAAAUUCCAGAAGAAGAUACAAUAAGAACUACUUAUAAGUUGUUAGAAGCAUUAAUUAGUAUUCAUUCAAAAGGAGUUUUGCAUAGAGAUAUCAAACCUGAAAAUAUUUUACUUCGUAAACCCAAUCUUGAAGAUAUUGUUAUCUCAGAUUUUGGAUUAGCUGUUUAUUACAAUGAUAAUGGUAAGUACAAUCAUUAAAGGGCUGGUACACCUGGUAAUAUUGCUCCAGAAAUCCUUAAGGAUUUGAAUUAUGAUUAUAAAGUGGAUGUAUAUGGAUUAGGAAUUGUACUUUAUUAGAUGUUAACUUCUAAGUAAUCACCUUUCUACAAUUAAAACUAUCAUAAGAUGUUGUCUGAAAAUCGAGAAGGUUAUAUAGAUUAUUCGUAAAUAAAAGCUUCAUCUCAAACUAUUAAUUUACUUACUAAGAUGCUUGAUCCUGAUCCUUUGACAAGAUAUACAGCAUUAUAAGCUAAACAAGAUUAGGCCUUUAAAAAAUACAAUAGACAAACUAUUAUAAUUAAAAGAAAGAAAAUAGUUAAAGAUUAAACUAUCUCUAGUUUUAGCCCAAGAAGCAAUUCGAUUUAUUUUAGUCCUUCCCAAUAAUAAACUCCUCCUAUAAUUGUCUCAAGUCCUAAAAAUAGUUCUUAAUUCAAUAGAAGAAUACUGGGACUUCCAUUAAGAUUAAAACAUGAGGAUAGAAGAUAAUUUUUUUCACCCAACUCUAAUAUUAAUAGUGGGAUCUAUAGUAAUUUGAAUAAAAAGAAUUAUAAAAUUUCAAAUAACCAAACCAGAAACAGUAUUUAUUAUGGAAUGAUUUCUCAAAAAGCUUCCUGUUGA